UGAGCUGAAGUGACGAACACACCUCCGUAAACGUGUCUCUUGGGGCAUCAUUACGUGUCUCUCAGGGCAUCAUUACCGGGGGCUUUGUUGCUUUUCCUCGGAAUUUUUUUGGAAUUCAUCUUUUCCAAGUCACGUUUUGCCACUGAAGGCAUAACAAGCUCAUUAAAGUCGUGUCAGAGACUCCUCUGACGUCAGCAUUUGUGACACUCAGUUUGGUGUCAUUUCAACCGAUAAGAUAUGACAUGUAGUUACAUGUAGCCACGGUAUUUAAUCCUUCUUGACUCCCAGAUGACUAUGAACGUGUAGAGUUUGCCUGAUAUUAACCAUCGUCUGUCAUCAUCCUUAAUGACCCUUAUACGUUGAUGACCGCGGUUUUGAUAACCAUUUUGAGUGUCCACAGACAAGCUCAAUGCAAUCAGCCUGCCCCGUAUACAAUGCAUCGCUGCCAGUGACGACCAUUGUACUCCUUGAAUGCUGUGCCUUUUAAUUUCUCCAGUAGCCUUUAUAGUUGCAUGCAGUGACGAACCCAUCACAUAAUACACACUGCCCGUGACUUGGUUGGCGUCAUCACAAUGCUCUCUUAGUCAAUCACAAGUUUUCAAGGUAGCAUUUGCAAACGGCAUCUUCAAGUGUUGCAUCAUUGUAUCAUCAUCAUUCAUUUUCUCAGUUAAAUAGACUGAUCAGAAGCAGUUCUGCUCCACCAGUAGUACCAGGGAAGUUUAACAAUGGAACUCGAAGGCCAACCUGAAAAUGCAACACCUGGUUCUGACGGUGCUGAUCUAGCUGGAGCACAGGAUAUCGCGAUUGGCGUGGUUCUGUGGUUGAUGUCCCUCUUCGGCGCAGCAGGCAACUGCCUGACGAUCCUCGCCAUCAUCACCGACCGCCAGCUCCGCUCCCAAUCGUCCAGUUACCUGAUCGUCAACCUGGCCGUGGCUGACAUGGUGGUCUUCGUGGUCAUCGAGCCGUUCUUGGCCUUUGGUACAGCCACCCGUACCUGGCCCUUCUCCACACCGUUCUGCGCAUCCCUUGGAGUCCUUGUCAACCAGCACAUGGUGGUAUCCGUGUGCAGCAUGACGGCUAUAGCCGUCAACAGGUACUACAGCGUGGUCAGGCGCACCAGCUAUCACCGUGUGUUCACCGGUCCAAGGACCCUCAUCAUGUGCCUUGCCACAUGGUUGCUUGGUUCAGCCUUAUUCCUACCGCUGGUCGCAUCCCCGUUCUAUGCCAACUACAGCGCCUACUACGGCGUCUGCGUCGUUACAUCGCAAGACACCAAACUGGGAAAGGCCGUAAUUACACUGAUUGCUUUGAAUAUUGUUGUCAACAUAGUCAUCAGCUCAGUGUGCUACCUGCAGAUCUACCGGGAGGUGAGGAAGAGCAGGCUCCGAGUUAUGCCGCAGGUACCCCUGCCUGGCAGUGACGGUCAACCUUCCGAAGACCAGCCCGCCUCGAAUGGGUCAAAUCAGAAAAACGGCGUCCCUGCACGGAUGGCCAUCGCUAAGCAGCAGAUCCACCGAGCUGAUGUCGCUAUUUCUAUCAACCUCUUCAUCGUCUUUGCCGUAUUCUGCAUCUGCUGGACACCCUUGGCUAUCUUCAUCUUUAUCCAGACCUCAGUUAGCGUGCAGCUCAUUCCCGGUUCGGUGUGGCAGACAGCCUACAAAUUGGUUCUCUUCAACUCCACGCUUAACAUCUUCAUCUACGCCUGGAAAAAUCGCAAGUUGCGAUCGGCCUAUAUCAAACUUUUGAGAUGCCAAAGACGUACAUGAGUAGUCCACAUUGCGUGUAUAACAAAGGCCGAGAAUUAGGACAAAAACGCCUCACGUGUUACAAGUCUUAAAUUCUGUAGGUAAACUUAAAGGCAUGUAGGAACA